AAUCCCAACAAUUAUUUGAUCCUUUUCAUACUAUUAAAUCCCCACUUACUUUAAUAUUCAAUUCUUUUUGUAUCUUUCUUAUAUCCGCCAUUAAAGACUCUCAGAGAUGUUGAUUUACCAGAUAGGAUAACGACCGGAGAACCAAAGGUUGCAGGAAACACAAGAUUUUACAACCAAAAUAUCGAAUUAAAGAUUGCAGAGAUCGUUUCAUAUCAGGAAAUUUUUUUUCUGAAUCUUUGAUACCAAGGAUUUUGUAGUUGGGGAAUUUUGUCAUACAAGUGGAGUGCAUUGUGGACUUUUGCUUUACAGGAUUCUGAUUCUGUUUCUGUCUUCUGAGAUUUCAAAAAGACAACAAGAAUUUAUCAAAAACAUUAAAAAUGGUGGCGAAAUUCUUUCAAGAAACCUCUAGUAUGAACAAAAUUUAAAAGGUUUUCAAGCAUGGCGAAGAGAGAACGUUUGUUAUGGGUAUUUGGGUUACUGGUUUUGACAUGGCUGAAUGUUUCAUCUGCAACUCUUUCUCCUUCUGGAGUCAAUUAUGAAGUUGUUGCUCUAAUGGCUAUAAAAGAGGAUAUCGAAGAUCCACACAAUGUUCUUGACUGGGAUUUCUCAUCUGUUGAUCCAUGUAGUUGGAGAAUGAUUACCUGCACCGACGGAUCUGUUUCUGCUCUAGGACUCCCUGGUCAGAAUUUAUCCGGGACGUUAUCCGCUGCAAUUGGAAAUCUUAGCAAUCUUGAAUCGAUUACACUACAGAAUAAUGCGAUUUCGGGUUCAAUUACAAGUGCAAUUGGGAAAUUAUGGAACCUUCAAACACUUGAUCUUUCAGGGAAUGAGUUCACUGGUGAGAUGCCUACUUCGUUGGGAGAUCUCAAGAACUUGAAUCUAUUGCGACUAAACAACAAUAGCCUUACUGGACCAGUUCCUGAAUCAUUAUCCCAACUUGGAGGCCUCACUCUUGUAGACCUGUCGUAUAAUAAUCUUAGUGGUUCUUUGCCAAAAAUAUCAGCAAGAACAUUCAAAAUUAUAGGAAACCCUUUGCUAUGUGAGCAUAAUUCCAAAAAUGGCUGUUCGAUUGUUUUUCCGGAGCCUCUCUCUUUGCCACCAGAGGGUAUGAGAGGCGGAUCAUCAUCCGGAGAGAAAAGUCAUCACCUAGCCAUUGCCCUUGGUGUAAGCUUCAGUACUGCAUUUCUCCUUGUUCUCAUUUUGCUAAUUUGGUGGCGAUAUCGGAAAAAUCAACAAAUAUUCUUUGAUGUUAAUGAUCAAUACGAUCCUGAGGUAUCUUUAGGCCAUUUGAGGAGAUUUACAUUCAAGGAACUUCGAGCUGCUACAGAUCAUUUCAACGCGAAGAACAUUUUAGGUAAAGGUGGAUUUGGAAUCGUUUAUAGAGGAUUAUUGAACGAUGGAACGAUUGUAGCUGUUAAACGGUUGAAAUCCGACAACAAUUUUGGGGGUGAAAUCCAAUUUCAAACCGAAGUUGAAACCAUAAGUUUAGCUGUUCAUCGUAAUCUUCUACGCCUUUGGGGCUUCUGCUCAACUGAAAACGAACGUAUUCUUGUCUAUCCCUUUAUGCCAAAUGGUAGCGUCGCUUCUAAAUUAAAAGAUGAGGUGAAUGGAAGACCGGUUUUGGAUUGGCCAAGAAGGAAAAAUAUAGCUUUAGGAACAGCAAGAGGUUUACUAUAUUUGCAUGAGCAAAGUGAUCCGAAGAUAAUUCAUCGGGAUGUGAAAGCAGCCAACAUUUUGUUAGACGAAUAUUUUGAGGCGGUUGUUGGUGAUUUUGGGCUGGCGAAGUUGUUGGACCACCGGGAUUCUCACGUGACCACUGCGGUUCGUGGGACCGUGGGCCACAUUGCUCCCGAGUAUCUGUCAACGGGUCAAUCGUCUGAAAAAACCGAUGUUUUUGGUUUUGGGAUUUUGCUUCUUGAACUAAUUACGGGUCAAAAGGCAUUGGAUUUCGGAAGAGCUGUGAAUCAAAAAGGCGUAAUGCUCGAUUGGGUAAAGAAGCUCCAUCAAGAUGGAAAACUGAACCUAAUGGUGGAUGCGUCUCUAAAAAACAAUUUUGAUAGGGUCGAGUUAGAAGAAAUGGUUAAAGUUGCACUUUUGUGCACCCAAUUCAACCCUUUGUAUCGACCAAAAAUGUCUGAAGUAUUAAGAAUGUUAGAAGGAGAAGGGUUAGUAGAGCGAUGGGAGGCUUCACAAACAAUUGGAACACCAAGAUUUCGAUCAUUACAAAGUUUUCCUUCAAAGUAUGCAGAUUAUAUCCAAGAAUCUUCACUUGUACUUGAAGCAAUGGAGCUUUCGGGUCCUCGAUGAAUCAAUGUAAUUCAUCUGUAAAAAAAAAGUAAAGAAAUCGUGUGUACAAUGGUUUUUGGAAUUGGUCUGGUACUCUGGUUCAUAUAUAUAAAAUCUUGGCUUUUGUUUCUUUUGUUA